UCCUAAAAGAACACCCAAAAUAAUUCAUAUCACUCCUUUCCUUCUGAUUUCUAAAACCAGCCAGAGGCCAGAGCAGAGCAAAUAUGGAGCGGGUAUUACUCUUACUCAUUUGCUUCCUCUUGCUUUCUCAACCUAAUAAUUGUUCCUCUUCUCUCUCUUUUAAUUCAUCAACGCCUCUUUGCCAUUCACACCAAUCCUCUGCUUUGCUCCAUUUCAGAAACUCUUUUUCUGUUGGCGAUUCGAAUAGUAUUUGUGAUUAUUAUUCUCAUCCUCCGAAGAAUUCGUGGAAAAUGGGUACAGAUUGUUGUGGGUGGGAUGGGGUCACCUGUGAUACGAUGACAGGUCAUGUCAUUGCUGUCGACCUCAGUUGCAGUGGGCUUCAUGGUCCCAUCCAUCCCAAUAGCACCCUUUUCUCUCUUCGCCAUCUCCAGAGACUCAACCUCGCUUACAACGAUUUCCAUGGCUCCACAAUUUCAUCUAAGUUUGGUGGCUUUGCAAACAUGACGCAUCUCAACCUCACUAUCUCCUCCAUUGCUGGUAAUUUCCCAUCCGAAAUCUCCCACUUAUCCAAACUGGUUUCACUUGAUCUCUUUAUGAAUGGUGGCAUAAUAAUGAAAACUCCUAGUUUGAAAAGGCUUGUUCAAAACCUAACCCAUCUAACUGAACUUGUUUUGGAUUAUGUUAACAUGUCUUCUGUUUCACCUAAUUCUUUCAUGAAUUUGUCAUCCUCUUUGACAUCUCUUCGUCUUUCUGAAUGUGGAUUGAAAGGUAGAUUCCCAGAUAAUAUAUUCCACCUUCCAAACCUCCAGUUGCUCGAUGUAAGUUCCAACUACAAUCUCACCGGUUCCCUUCCAACGUAUAACUGGAGUACUCCUCUCAAAUCCUUGUCUCUCUCUGAAACUGGAUUCUCAAUUGACUUACCUAAUUUAAUCAGCAAUCUCAAGUCCUUAAAAGAAUUGUCCCUCAGUAAUUGCAAUUUCAUAGGUUCAUCGAAUCCAACAUUUCCUUCAAACCACACCCAAAUAACUUCUUUGGACCUCUCAUAUAACAACUUUGGUGGUCAGUGUCCAAGUUCCCUCCUAAACAAUGCAGGACUUACUUAUUUAGAUCUCUCACACAACAAUUUCACAGGUCAACUUCCAGAUCUUUCUACAAACCGGACACAAGUUUCUUCUUCAAACAGUUCUUCCAAUUUGGUAUCUCUCAUUUUAUCUUAUAACUUAUUGAACGGCACUAUACCAUCUUGGUUGUAUGACAUACCAUCUUUGCAGUACUUAUUUCUAGACAAUAACCAACUCACUGGACAGAUUGAUGAAUUCCAUCAUAAUUCUUUAAAGUAUCUUGAUAUCUCCUUCAAUAAUUUAAGUGGUAGUGUGGAGCCAAACAUCUUCACAAAGCUCAAAAGUCUAGAAGAAGUUGAUCUUUCACAUAACAACCUACAGGGCCACCUUCCAAUUUCAAUCUCUAAACUUGUGAGCCUUAUCCGUCUAGAUAUCUCCUUCAAUAAUUUAAGUGGUAGUGUGGAGCAAAACAUCUUCACAAAGCUCGAAAGUCUAUCCGAGGUUGAUCUUUCACAUAAUCCUCUCUUAUCAUUCCACACGUAUAGCUAUAACAUUGUAGACUAUACCUUGCCCGAACUUCAAUCAUUAUCUUUGUCAUCUUGCAACAUAAGUGAGUUCCCGUAUUUCUUAAAAUCCACAGAAAAUUUAAAUUCAUUAGACCUUUCCAACAACCAAAUCAGUGGCAGUAUUCCAACAUGGUUGUUGGAGGUGAAGAUGGAUUUAUUGAGUUACCUGAAUCUUUCAUACAACUCCUUGGCAAGAAUAGGAAACCUUCCAUGGGAGAACUUGCAAUUCCUUGAUCUUCAUUCUAACUUGCUUGAAGGACCACUUCCAGUACCUCCACUAGACACUUAUUUCUUUUCAGUCUCAAGGAAUAAUUUAACUGGAGAGAUCCCUCUCUUGAUUUGCAAUCUCAGUUCCCUCCAAUACCUUGAUUUGUCUUAUAAUCACUUGAGUAACAUGAUUCCUCCCUGUUUGGGAAACUUAAGUAAUCAUCUCAUAGAUUUGGAUUUGCAAAGUAACAAUCUUCAUGGUACUAUCCCUUCAACAUUUGCAAAGGGCUGUUACUUGAGAAGUGUUAAACUCAAUGGCAACCAAUUGGAAGGUUCAUUGCCACAAUCAUUGGUCCAUUGUAGAAAGUUGGAAGUUCUAGAUUUUGGUAACAACAAGAUUAAUGGAACCUUUCCUCAUUGGUUGGAAAAUCUUCCGAAGUUGCAGGUUCUAAUCUUGCGGUCAAACAACUUUCAUGGUGCUAUAGGCAAUCCCAAGUACAAAUUCCCAUUCCCUAAUUUGCGAAUCAUUGACCUCUCUCACAAUGAGUUCCAUGGGCAUUUGCCGACAAACCUUUUUAAGUAUUUAAAAGCCAUGAUGAAUGCAAGUGUGGGCAAAGGUGAAUUGAAAUAUAUGGGUGAUGAUUAUUAUCAAGAUUCUGUGACAGUGACGAUGAAAGGGUUUUUCAUUGAAUUGGUAAAAAUCCAAAAUCUAUUCACAACCAUUGAUUUCUCUAACAAUGAUUUCAAAGGAGAAAUUCCAAAGGCAAUUGGAGAGCUUCAAUCACUUAAGGGGCUUAAUUUUUCACACAAUAAUCUUACAGGUCGUAUGCCGCCAUCGUUGGGAAAAUUAACCAAUCUUGAAUGGUUAGAUCUCUCCUCAAACAAGCUCAUAGGUGAAAUUCCUAUACAAUUGGCAAAUCUCACAUCACUGGCAAUUUUGAACCUAUCAGAAAACCAUCUUUUUGGACAAAUACCUCAAGGUAAACAGUUCAAUACCUUUACGAAUGAUUCUUACAAUGGGAACCUGGGGUUAUGUGGAUUUCCAAUGACAAAAGUUUGUGGCAAUGAUGAGGGACAACAAUUAUUGCCAUCAUCAACCACUCAAGAUGAUGAUUUCAAAUUUGAAAAUGGGUUUAAUUGGAAAGUUGUAUUGUUCGGGUACUGUUGUGGAUUCAUGUUUGGAUUGGGUUUGGGUUAUCUUGUGUUCUCAAGUGGGAAACCGAAAUGGCUUGUGAAUAUUGUUUAUGGAGAACAAGAUAACAAGGUAUGAAGAUCCAAGAAGAAUGCUCAGGGAUGAACUCAUUGAAGAAAAUUUUGGUGGAUGCAAAUACUGAUUCUAGGCUUGUGGCCCUUUCUAUCUAGUAUUAACAGUAUGGAAGGACAACAUUCAUUCAAAUUUAACGAAGCACUGGCUAUCAUUCCACGACCAAAUGACAAUAUGACACAGACACUUCACCUUUUUACCCUUAGUGGUAUUGAUGAAAGAUAAACAGUGCACAAGACAUUGGGAAGAUUAGCAGUGAAUUCAUACAGAAAUGCCUCCCUUACCUCAAUGGAACAGGGCAGCCAAACCCAACUAUAGCUCCUGAUUUUCUCAUUGAGACGAGAAUGAGAUGCCAAGACAGUAAUAGGACCACCACUCAGCCUUCUUCACCCAUGGAAUCAUUGGAAAUGAGUGAGUCUGCAGUGGGAUGUCAUAUUUGCAGGAAUUGUCACCUUCGAUAUCAUCUGGGGCAGGUUUUGACACUCACGACUAUCAGAGCUUGUUAAAGGGGAGAGGGCUCCUUUUUGCCGAUCAGAAAUUGAUAGCUAAUGAGAAGACCGCAAGAUUGGUAAGGGUUUAUGCUUCAAUGGAUCAACCUUUCUAAUGGACUUUGCUUGGGCAAUGAUGAAGAUGUCAGGUCUUAAUGUUCUGACUAGAUCUCAAGCUUAGGUCCAAAGAAAUUGCUCCUUGGCUUUGGUCAGUUCCUAAGUGACAAUCUGACCAUAAUGAACUCUUGAGAUCUUUUUUCUUUCAUAAUGCUAGAGAGUAAGUAAGCGACUAGUCUUUCAUGGGAACCUAAAUUUUUCAACAAGAACCCAUAAUGGGCAUGAGAGCGAAUCUCAAAAUCAGAGUGAAACCAGUGCACUUCGGAGACCCAAUUCAGAGCUUGUUGAUGGGCUUUUUUCCUCUCCAGAAAGUUUAAACAAAUUUAAGAGAAAGCAUCUCAAAAAUACUGCUGGAAAAGCUUGGUUUGACUUGCCUCCACAAUCCAUCACCCCUGAGAUUGAGAAAGAUAUGUGUUUACUGGAG